AAGUGAGAAGCUAUGAUGCCCCCUUCUACGCAUCUGGGUACGACUCGCACAGAGCUUGUCAGCAUGAUUUAGUAGCAACAUUAAUAUAGACGUCGUCGCACACCGCUGUAAGUACCCCAACGACUGCCAGACGAGACACAGAACGUAUCCGUGGAUUAGUCAGCUCGGCUAGAUUAAAGGCCGUUACGCGUCCCAAGUAACCUUGCCUUGAACGUAACCUCGGUCCAGCUAAUAGCUUCACCAAAGCCGACAGUCCUCAGAUCAUACUAUCAUGUUGGUCAGAAUCAGGUCAAAGGACGGCAAUUUUCGCUUCGAGCUGAAGCCCGCGGAUGAUAUCUCGAAGCUGUUGAACAAGAUCCUUGAAACCACGCAAGAUGCAGAUCCAUCGUCGAUCACCAUAUCAAAUCAGCCUCGUGGUAACGAAACACCUAUAUCGCGUCUUAAGGGGCGAACCUUGCAGUCGCUUGGUUUGAAACAUGGUGAUCUAGUUUUUGUGGGUUACAAGUCUGCCUCACUAUCUGUACCCCCCGAUGCAGAAACCGCCAAUCCCAGCCAGCCACCAUCCUCGACACCCCACUCCGCCAUCAACGUCUCGGAGCGCGUGCAGGAGCAUGCUGUAGACUUAUAUUGGCGGCAGAAGGACGGAAAAAUUCCCAGAAACCGUGACUCUCGGUUUUGCAAGCACGGUCCUAAUGGCAUGUGCGAUUACUGCAUGCCCCUGGAGCCUUACGAUGCUGCCUAUCAAGCAGAGAACAAUAUCAAACAUCUGUCGUUCCAUGCGUAUCUGCGCAAAAUGUAUCCAAAGACGUCCUCAAGCGUUGCUCAGGCUCUUCCACCCCUGACACCCAUCUCGUACAAGGUGAAAGUCCCUUGUCCAAGCGGCGGGCAUCCAUCUUGGCCGGCAGGGAUAUGUACUGCCUGUCAACCGUCUCCGAUCACCCUCCAGUCACAACCAUUUCGGAUGGUGGAUCACUUAGAGAUUGCGUCCCAGGAAAUUGUGGAACGUUUCUUGCAGGCGUGGCGAGCGACGGGUUUGCAACGCUUUGGCUGGCUGAUAGGUCAUUACGAACCGUAUGAAAAAGUACCCAUGGGCAUCAAAGCGGUUGUCGAAGCGAUUCAUGAACCUUCACAAGAAGGUGAACUGGACGGAUUGACUCUUGGCAUCCCGUGGGAGGACGAGCCUCGCAUCAGGGAACUUGCCCAAUCAGCAACAAUACCACUGACAAUUGUCGGGUACAUCUUUACCGACCUUGAACCCACUGCCGAAGACAGGACGAAGAACGUGUACAAGCGACACUCACAGUCGUUCUUUGUGUCUUCUCUGGAAACCAUCUUCGCAGCCACAAUUCAAAACGCCAACCCGACGCCAUCGAGAUCCUCGGCGACUGGAUACUUUGGCUCACGUAUGGUCACAGCUAUACUGUCAGCCUCUGAAGACGGGCAGGUAGACAUAUCUGCCUAUCAGGUGUCUGAACAAGCGUGUGCAAUGGUAGAUGCCGACAUGAUCGAAGCUAGCGUGGAGCCUGGAAUUGUGCGUGUCAAGGAGGAAGAUCGGAGUAACGAGUCCGCUCGUUAUGUCCCGGACGUGUUUUACCGAUACAAGAACGAGUAUGGCAUCGACGUGAAGAGGAGUGCGAAGCCGUGCUUCCCGGUUGAGUACCUUCUCGUGAAUGUUACGCAUGGUUUCCCUCAAAAUCCGUCUCCCCUCUUCCGCUCUACCAAUUUUGCCAUUGAGAACCGCCCAGGUCUCGAAGACCAACAAGUUGAGAACCUGUUUGGUUCUCUGAAUCAGCUUAGCGUCUCGACCCAAGGAAGCCGCCAAUUGUCCAAUCAUGUGAAGUUGGCAAAGUGGUUGAGCGACUGGCAUCUCAUUGCCUUUUUAGACUCUACUCAGCUGAUGUCGAAGGAUGAUAUACAGAAACUCUUACGGGCAGCUACGUCACCAAGUUUGGUUGAAGACUCAAGAUCACUGGAUGCGCUUAUGAAGACGGAGGGUUGGCAAACGCUAAUAACAUUCGCGCAUGAAAGUGCUCCUUCUCAACCAUUACCGUCAGCAUCGACUUCGCACGUGGACCAUGACAUUCCACAGGAAAUUCUCGACCAAAUUGCUGCAGAAGAAGCAGCGUCCCGCGAAGUCCGGACAAGCUCCCGCACCAGAGUUUGUCCUCAUUGUACUUUUGAGAAUGAUCACGGAGGAAGCGACUGUGAAGUCUGUGGCCUACCUUUGGGUUAGAGAAUUGAGCCUGUAGGAAACUAAUGGGUCUCGCAAUACACACACUGCACGGUUGUACAAUAGACAAAUGACAUAUUACCUACCCU